CAUACAAAAAAUAAUUAGAGCCAAAAAAGGGGAAAAAUGUUAUGUUCACAUCGAUCGUGGGUUGAAUGCAAUGACUGGCAAGUAUGCCACUCCAGCAACUAACGAGUUAGGAAUUCAAAUUAGAACCUUGUGCCCUUUGAAAGAUGUGAAGUCAUGGCUGGAUCUUGAUGAGACUACUAAAGCUGCCGUCAUCCAAGGAGUUCUUGACAAGUUUCAAAUUGGAGACGAUUUCCACAAUGACUUACAAGCACAGGAGAUUGUGAAUAAGAAGGCCUAUGGGUUGUACAAAGAUUGGAGGUACACCUUGAAGCAAGAGUUCGAAUUGUUAGAAGGACUUCCACGUGAUGAGAUCUAUGGUCAUCCGCCCGUAGGGGUGAGUUUAGAUAAUUGGAAGCAUUUGAUCGAUGUGGCAUGGCAAGAUGCAUCUCACCAGGUAAAAUAAUAGACUAGAUAGAGUACAUACAUCUAUGUGAAAAUGUGAUAUGCCU